CUCUGUCUAUCUAUUCUGCGAUUCUUGUGAACAAGGAAAACCCUAAUUUCUAGAUCUGUUAAACCCUAAAAUUCAAAAUUUCCUUCUUUCUUUCAACUUCGAAGUUUGGAUUUGGAGGCGUUUUUCUUGUAGGUAGGGAGCCUUAUUUAAUGCCUUCAGAUUCAAUCCUGGAAGAUUUGGUUGACAGGCGUCAGAGGUUAAUUCAGUGGUUUAGUUGGUUUAUUUUAAAAUUCAGAGAAAAGCCUUUUGGAUGGGAGAAGGUGCUGUCUGCUUGACAGUGGCAACCGAUGGGGAGGUGGCAUUGGGUGAUUCAUCCAGAACUGAAGUAAAGCGUGGUCAUCAAUGGGUUGCAGAUGCUAUUGAAUCAGUGUCCUUGCCCAACAAGAAGCAAGCAAAAGAAUUGUCAAACGAUGACCUGAACUCGGAAAUUUUGAAUCCAAAUGUCUCUCCGAAGGAAAAUGCAUCCAGCUUUCAAACCAUCUCGAGCCAACCCCCCGAGUUAGAAGGGGAGAAUAAAUUGGGAGGUGGUGAUGUUACAUCUAGUAGCACAGAGAAUUCAAGUAUGGAGAGCACGAGCGAUGAGGAGCAUAGUAGUGAUGACUCUGCUGUUGCUGUAUCUACCUCUCAAGUUAUAAUGGAAGUUCCAAAACCUACUAGUUCCACUGGGAUUAGGAGAAUAAUUUUCAAGUUCAGCAAGAGCAAAGAGGACUAUACAUCUCCUCCAGCAGGUCAGUCUGUAUGCAAUGGGGUUGAAAAUGACCUCACUUAUGGUGGAUCUCGGGAGUAUCAUACGAUGAAGUUGGAUAAUUCAACUGCAGACAUGCUAGUAUGUACUCCUAGAAAAGUUGUCUCUGAAGCGGGAAACAAGCUUAAAUGUUCUCCCAAAAAGAAGAUGGAAUUUAAAAUGUCCAAGAAGGUUGCCAUGAACAGCUACCUUAAGAAUGUCAAAAGGUUGUUAUCAACUGGCAUUCUUGAAGGAGCUCAUGUGAAGUAUAUUUCCCUUAUUCAGGAGAGAGAGCUUCCUGGCAUUGUGAAAGGUUCUGGAUAUUUGUGUGGUUGUACACUAUGUAAUUUUUCUGAGGUUCUUAAUGCUUGCGAGUUUGAGCAGCAUGCAGGGUGCAGAACCAAACAUCCAAAUGUGAGCAUAUUCCUGGGGAAUGGGAAGUCUAUUCAUGGUAUCGUCCAAGAGCUGAGACGUACACCAGUCAACUUGUUGCGUGAAGUGAUUCGAAGUGUGGUUGGAUCAUCAUUAAAUGAGAAGUUUUACCUGGUCUGGAAAGAAUCACUCCAAGCAUCAAAGCUUCAGGAAAUUGGCGUAAAGUUAGAAAAAGAAAGACAGUCUCAACUAGAGCUUCUUGACCAGUCUAAUCCAAUUGAAAGCUGUCCUAGUGACUCUGCUGAAGACAGCCGUGGCCUUUCUUCAACUUACUUGAUCCCAGAGUUUCCUAUCAAAGAGAGGUCCCAUGCGAAGCAAAAGAAACCAAAAGGGUGGAAACGCAUGGUUCAAAGGCCAAAUUGCAAGAGUUAUAACUCGGUUGUGGGACAGAAGAAAACUCCUGGAUGUGGGGUUAAGAAAAGGGAUAAUGAUCUACACCGAUUACUUUUCCUGCCAAAUGGGCUUCCAGAAGGAGUAGAGCUGGCUUAUUGUUCCAAAGGACAGAGAUUACUUCAAGGCUAUAAGCAUGGAAAUGGCAUAGUUUGUAGUUGCUGCAACAGUGAGAUUAGCCCCUCACAAUUUGAAGCUCAUGCUGGAUGGGCAGCUAGGCGUCAACCGUACCGUCACAUCUAUACGUCAAAUGGACUGUCACUUCAUGAUCUAUCAAUUUCAUUGGCAAAUGGGCAGAGUCUCACUGCUAGUGACAAUGAUGAUACAUGUACAGUUUGUGGAGAAGGAGGAGAUUUGAUCCUUUGUGAUGGAUGUCCUCGAGCAUUUCAUGCAGCUUGUUUGGAAUUACAGAACGUCCCAGAAGGUGAUUGGCAUUGUCUGUAUUGCAAAGAUAAAUUUGGCUCUGGCAGAAAUGCUAUGAUAAGGUUGACAAGCAUUGUCAGAGAACCAGCAAUCCAAAUAGGUGGUUGUGCUGUUUGCAGGGCCCAUGACUUCGUUGACAAAACAUUUAAUGAGCGUACAGUUUUGCUCUGUGACCAAUGUGAGAAAGAGUUCCAUGUUGAGUGUUUGAGGGAAUGUGGACUGUGUGAUUUGAAAGAAAUUCCCAAGGGCAAGUGGUUUUGCUGCGAGGACUGCAAUAGGAUCCAUCGCGCUUUACAGAACUUAAUUCUCCGUGGAGCAGAGAUGAUUCCAAGUGCAGUUUCAGGUGUGAUAAAGAGGAAGCUCAUAGAGAAAGGCCUAGUUGAUGCAACUGAAGAUAAUGUGCAUUGGCAACUCAUAAGCGGGAAAGACGACUUUCCGGACCAUCGAUUGCUACUUUCCAAGGCUGCUGCAAUCUUUAGAGAUAGUUUUGACCCUAUAGUUGGAUGGUCUGGUCGUAAUCUAAUUCCUGCUAUGGUCUAUGGGAAAAAAGUAGAUGGGCAAGAAUAUGGAGGGAUGUACUGUAUUGUUUUAUGUAUAAAAUCAGUUGUUGUAUCUGCUGGAAUUCUCAGAGUUUUCGGUCAGAAAGUUGCGGAACUUCCUCUGGUAGCUACAACUAGGGGAAACCGAGGAAAGGGUUAUUUCCAAGCAUUGUUUGCUUGUGUAGAGAGGUUGCUGUGCUCCUUGAAUGUGGAAAACCUUGUACUACCUGCUGCUGAGGAUGCUGAAACAAUCUGGACUAAUAAAUUAGGCUUUAGAAAGAUGACCAAGGAGCAAUUAUUGAAGUAUACAAAGGACUUCCAGCUGAUGGGUUUCCGGGGAACUUCAAUGUUAGAGAAGGAGGUGUCGCGGUUUACAGAUUAACAGCCUUCCUCACCUCAUUUGGAGUUUUGUCAGGUUUUAGUGUAAUUAGAUUUUAUUUUUUAUUUUUUAUUAACUUUCCCUUCUUUUGCUGCUAUUUUGUUUAUAGGCAGCAGGAAUCAUUGUUUUAGAAAUGACAGAAAAUUGACAGUUUGUUGUAAUGUAAGAAUGACUAAAGA